AUCCAAUUCCAUGGAGCUGACCUCGUGUCUUGAAGCUCUUUGUAAAAAUGCCCUUGUGAAUCAUUAACCCCAGCUCGCCUAUUCCGUCAGUUCUCGUCCGUGUUUAUUGUCCGUAUUGCUGAGAGAAAGGAAAAAAAUCAUGAUACCGAGUAAGGAGAAGCAAAGAUCGUCCCGAGGAGCUCGCCGUUUCGUCAUUUUGCCGCCGUUCUGCUCGUCGGUGCACUUCGAACGCCUUUUUGCCGGCGUUUCUGGAGGAGUCGCCUCCACACUCAUUCUUCAUCCGUUGGACGUCGUCAAAACACGGUUUGCAGUGGAUGAUGGAAAAACGACGAGCAGAGCAGCGACGAAGGCGGACGGCGUUUUCGCCUCAUUGCGGAUGAUCGUCCGAGGAGAGGGAGUCAGCGGACUUUACCGUGGCGUUAUGCCCAACGUUUGCACUGCCGGCAUCGGCUGGGGGCUUUAUUUCUAUGCAUAUGACAGCAUGAAGAGGUGGUUGAAGGGGCCGGAUUGCGAUCAAACCAAGAUUCUAAGUCCGGGUCAGCAUCUAGUCGCUGCUGCCUGGGCCGGGGGCUUGUCCUUGAUUGCAUUGAAUCCGAUUUCUGUCGUCAAAACCAGAAUCAUCAUACAGAAACAAAGUCCGCGGGCGCUGGUGGCAAGUGGAGGCGGUGGAACGACGUCAGUUCACUACACGAAUUCUCUCGACGCUUUUCUCAAGAUCUACAAAUUCGAAGGUCUACGAGGUCUCUACAAGGGAUUAGUUCCGGGUUUCUGCGGCGUAAUUCACGGUUCUUUGCAAUUCAUGGCUUAUGAGGAACUGAAGAUCCAGUGCAACACCUUCUAUUCACGUCCUCGUACAAGCUCUCUCUCUACUUCGGAAUACCUUGCCUGCGCCGCUGUUUCCAAGAUGUUCGCAGCUGUUCUCACGUACCCACACCAGGUUGUUCGAGCGAGAAUGCAAGACCAGUACAAGUCUUACUCUGGUCUCAUGGACGUAGUUUAUAAGACCUUCAGGGAAGAAGGAUUGCGUGGCUUCUACAAAGGACUGGUACCAAACUUGAUGCACGUCACACCGAACAUUUGCUUGGUGUUCCUGAUUUACGAACAGCUGACUGCACGAGUGGACAAGUGAGGGGGUUCUGUUGGGUUUUGUUGUGUGUACAUUCCGAGACUUAUAGGAUGAGAACUUUAGACGCAUUGGCUCUCUUUAGUUAGCAUAUUCUUGGUGUAAUUUAUACUGAAAACCGUUUGAUCGCGGCUUGCUUCAAACGCUUUUUCGGUGUGAAAGGAGCUUAGAUUGCAAUGGAUGUCGAAAGACGUAUUUCUGCGUUCAAGGCCUGACUCUUGAUUCCCAAGAAUAAGCUGACGGCGAGAACCAAAGUUUAUGUUGAUUUUGCACCUGCCUACCUGUCGUCUUACUCGAAAGAAUGCCUUCCGAACAAUGCACAGAAUCAGUUUAUCAGCUAAGAAACGUGGUUUGCGUUCAUGGGGAUGAGGGAAAUGAUUUUCGUUUCGUCCUUGCUUGAUGUCGAAUUGUGGAUUUUAAAAAAAAAGAAAAAUUCGUUCUUCAAUCAACACUGUCCUUUGAUGGCCACGUUAAUUUUCCCCCAUGUUGAGAUAUUUGUUCUUUUUUAGCCCAGAGUAGCGGACGUAACGCGGAUUGAGAUUGUGAAUAUUUUGAUGGAUUGUAAUAAAGGCGUUACGCAAUUUCUCACCUAAAAA